AUGCUGAGAAAUCUUGGCAUACGUGUCACAAGACCAGCGUUCUUCAUGGAUAUGAAGGAAGAAUUUUGCAAUGAAAACAAUCAUAAUUUCGAAAAGUCGCUGCUAAUUCAGCCGCCGUUUAUGAAAGACGAUUCGAAUUGUUCACUGCCAGACUCGGUCAACUACUCAAUGAAUGAUAUGGGGUUCAACACUCAGAAUGAUGAGAUAUCGCAACGAUAUGACGCCAUUGCAAAGAAUAGUCAUUUGACUAUUCCUAUUUCGUUGGCGGUGGACGGGUUUCGACCAUUUAACCAUAAUAGAAACGAAAUAACACCAAUAUACGUUCGUUUAGAAGGAGUUGGAAGAAAAUCAAAAGAAAAGGUCGAUUCUGUUAUUCUUGCAGCCUUAAUAACAGGACCAAACAGCUUAAAUCACACGAAUUGUGAUAUUAUCAUGAGCAGGCUAAUAAAUGAACUUGAUGAGAUUCGAUUUGAACCCAUUCGUAUUGACAAUAAUAAUGAAAUCUACUACAUCGAUUUUCAACCAGCUAAAAUUUAUUGCGAUUUGAAAGCUGCUCGUUUGAUGUAUACACUUCCGAAUUGGCAGAAGCUCGAAGGAUGUGCAUUAUGCACAAUUACAGGUCUCGAGUGGUAUUUCAUCAAGAUCUCUUAUCCUCAAACAGCUGGAGAAAUAACAACAAGAGCACUAAUGAUACCAUCUACUCAGGAGUUUGACUACCCAGAAGAGUAUCUGUAUGACGAGUCGAUUGACCAACCACAAAGAUCUAACGUCUCGCAAACGCCGCAACGAUCACAUCAUACAGCGGCUCAUCCUUACUCACCAAUGAUACGAGCAACCAAUCCAGUUCAACGAUAUCGGGCGCACAAUCAGUCUGUUCCAGAAAGGCAGCCACAACAAAACCAUCAGAUGGUCGGCCGUCAACCCGCACAAGCUCAUUCAUUUGGUCAACUGGACAGUCGCCCGCCUGCACAAGCUCAUUCAUUCGGUCAGCUGGUCGACCGUCAACCCGCGCAAGCUCAUUCAUUUAGUCAACUGGUCAGUCGCCCGCCCGCACAAGCUUAUUCAUUUGGGAGCAUCCAAUUGAGUAAAGCGGAAUAUGACUACUGUCGAACUAUCGACACUAACAAAUCUUGUUUCGCCAACAUCCGGCACGCGUUCAACCGAAAUGAGUUUGAUCACGGAAUCGCGGGAUGCGUUCUUCACGUUUAUUUAACCCAGAAAAAGCUCAGCAAAGCAGCUUACGACGUAGGUUCUAUGAUAUAUUGA